AUGCUUAAAAAUAAAUUAACAACAAAAUGGUAAAGUAUGAAUAAUAUAUGUUAGAGUGGCAUAGCAAAGAGUGCAAAAGGCGGAAAAGGUGGAAAAGGUGGAAAAGGAGGAAAAUUCGGCCAAGGCAAGAAUAAGAAAGCACCUCAAUCCAGGUCUUUGAAAGCAGGACUUUAAUUCCCUGUUGGUCGUAUUCAUAGAUAUUUGAAGUAAAGAGUCUCUGCCAAAAACAGAGUAGGAACAACAUCUGCUGUUUAUACAUCAGCAAUUUUGGAGUAUCUGACAGCAGAAGUCCUUGAAUUAGCAGGAAAUGCUUCAAAAGACUUUAAAGUGAGAAGAAUUACACCAAGACAUCUUUAAUUAGCCAUCAGAGGUGAUGAAGAGCUUGAUAUUCUCAUCAGAGCUACUAUUGCAGGUGGUGGUGUGAUUCCUCAUAUUCACAAAGCUUUGUUAGGCAAAUAAACACCAGAAGGAGGUCUUCCAAAGGAAUGAUAUAUAUUAUAUUAAUUCAUCAGGAUUAUUUA